AUUGUAUUACUCUUGUCAUUGCAACCGAUCUCGACUGACCAUCAAUCAAAACAAUCAGAACCCUCCACCGUCAAUAUGCCAAAGGAAAAGUCCACCAAGAGAGCUCCCGUCAAGCGCGCCGAGAAGAAGAAGAAGGACCCCAACGCGCCCAAGCGUGGUCUCUCAGCCUACAUGUUCUUCGCCAACGAGCAGCGUGAGAAUGUUCGCGACGAGAACCCAGGCAUCACCUUCGGCCAGGUCGGCAAGGUCCUCGGUGAGCGAUGGAAGGCUCUCAAUGACAAGCAGCGCACUCCUUAUGAGGCCAAAGCUGCCCAGGAUAAGAAACGCUACGAGGAUGAAAAGGCGACAUACAACGUAAGUGCUGAGAAGCCUGUGGGCGUUCGCAAGCGUACUGGUCGAGGUACUAAUAAGAACGUCGCACAGGCUGAUGCCGAGGAGGAAGAGUCUACUUGA